AUGGAUUGGAAGCAUCUUUUGUCGUUGUCACCGCAUAAUUUAGAUGACGUCCGCAAAGAUGGCGCAGCGCUGGAAAUCGCCAAUUUGUCCACCGACAUUAAGCUGGACAGCAAAAGUAGCAAGAAAUUGUUCCGUUUGGCACAAGUGGCGUUGCGUUUCCGGAAUGAACAGGUGAGACAGUUAAAACAGACGCUAGUGGAAGGUAAAGAUGAUUUCGGAAGUCAGGAGCGGCUGAAGGAAUGGAAAAGAACCAUCGAAAAGCUGGAGCUGGAACGCCACACCCUUCGAACGAAGCUGAAGGACGUGACGGAAGAGAACACCAAGCUGCAGGCAAAGCUUGCCGAAGGACUCCAUGUCGGCGGUGGCAGUGAGGGUGAAGAUUCGCCCGAUGCUUUGUCGGAGAUCGAAAGGCAGCAGGAGCUUUAUAACAAUAUCAGUAUGAAGAAUAAGCACAUCAAGCGGUUACUUCGCGAUAUUGAUGAUCUGGAAAAAAGAAACAGCUUUCAGGUCGAUACCAUCAAUGGGUUGCAAGUGAGCUUAAACGAUGCGACGCUUAACAUAACGGCCCUGACACAUCAGUUUGAAGAACUGCAAUUGCGUUCGAAAGACCAGCAAGAAUUGAACGGGAAGCUGAACGAAAAGCUUCAACUAAUGGAAGGCGAGCUAAUGAAUAUUUGUGACGAAAAGGAACACUUGCUGGAGGAGCUUAGUAAGACCAGUAAGCUACAUGCGGACCAGGUUGCCGAAUGGGAGGAUCAAUUUGAUCUGCGCGAGAAGCAGCUGAAUGAGUUACAGGAUCGGUACGAUGAUCUGUUGAGCCAGUUCCCGGGCAUAGAUAUAGAGGCUGAACGACGAGAGUACAAACUAAUGAUGGAACGGCUCGAGGAGAAGGAUGAAAUAAUUGUCGAUUUGGAGCAAAAGAUUUUGACGCUUUCGAAAGAAAUCCACCGUUCGACGGAAGUGAUGAACCGGAUCAGCGAGGAGAAAGAGCGAGCGGGACAGGAAAAGCAUCAGGAAAGCCAUUGCUGCCAAGAGUAUCGGAUGCAGCUGGAGAAGGUUAGUGGGCGGUGUCGCGAAAUGCAGGAUAUUCUGGCUGACGUUGAGGAGGAUAAUCGGUUGAAAUCACGCCAAGCUGUAGAAGCAAUAGAAGCACUAAGACGGUACGAAAAUGGUGAAGAAGGGCUGGCCACUGCACUGAAGAAAGUGAAUCGCUUGCAGGAGAGGGUAAAUUCCCGGGACAAACAAAUUCGUCAGCUGAUUGCGGAGAUCAAUCUGGCCAACGAGAUCGCUAUCGAAAAUAGUGUGCUACGAAAACGGUUAGGCAUAGAUGAUGAUGAAGUUGUCGCAACGAGUUCUAUACUGGCGAAACAGAAAAAGAUCUCUAAAGUGAAUGAGCGUUUAGCACUAAAGCUUCGUGCUUCGGAAGAGAUGCGAUUGCAGUUAAAGUUGGAAAAAAAUGACCUCAAAAAUGGCAAUCCGUUUUUCAGACGAAAGUUGGCUACAUUAGCGCAGGAUACAAAUAGAAAAGCAAAAGAAAAUAGCAACGAGCCGGUUGGUGAUAAACCAACACCAUCAUCUCCUUCUGGUCAUAGUAUGGCAGAAGAACACGGUAUAAUUUCCUCGAUCACUGACGUACAUGCUGUAAAGUUUUGUGAGAAAUGCUUGAAACAGUACAACGUGCAAGAUAGUAUGAAACACUGCAAGGCGUGCAUAUUUCGGCACAGCUUCAAUUACUGUGACAAGUGCGUUGGACAGUUGAAAAUGAAUUUUGACGAUGAAGGCACGAACGAUGCGGCACACACUAAUAGCAACGACGAUUCCAAUAACUAUCAUCGUAUCGUGGAGUUGGAAAAACAAUACCUUACGGUAAUGGAGGAGAACGAGAAUCUGCGUGAUGGAAUGCAUGAAAUUUUAGAAAAACUUCGUGAGUAUGAUGCAAUGUCGGAUCAGCUUACGAUCGAUAAGGAUACGUUAGAGAAGUUGCUAAACGUGCUUAGUGUGCGACCGAUGUCCGGCUGGCAUAGCGGUAUGCGAUUACCGAACGAUUUACUGGCAGCUCGAGAGCGGGAUAUGCUAUUGAAGGAACGUUUGACCAUAGUGGAUCCGGAUGCAAGUGGACGGAAAAGCAAGAGCGUCCAGUCGACGGAGAGUGUGAACGAUUCUGGUAAUGUUUGCAACGAGGAUGAUAAUUCGGAAUCCCUCGAUCGACUGGAACCGGAGCAGCUAGAUUUUAGUGAACAGGUUUUGCUGAAAGCGGUGGAAAUCGAUCGUCUGAUGGAAAAAAACGAACAGCUUCGAAAGGAAAAUGAGCGUCUGCUGGUGGUGCAGGACGAAUUGCACGUAACGCAAAAGCUGUACAACGAACUGCUACACAUUACCCGCGCUUCUGAGAGUGAAAAGGAUCGACUGCUUGUUCAAACGGUCGAUCGAUUAAAGGAUAUUGAAUCGGGCGUUUGUACGUUACAGCGAAAGGUGGAUUUCUUAAAAGCGGACAACGACAACCUGCACAACUCUUUGCGCCAGAUCAAGAGUGAACAUUUAAAUUUGCUGCACGAUCUACGGUUGGAACUGGCAAGGAAAAGUACCGAGCUGAAACAAACGCAAGCGAGUGAUACUAACAAGCAGGAUUCGUUCGACUCGAUCGAUAGCGAUCUGAUCGAGAAGUUGGAGAGCGAACUGGUGCGCAUGAAAUUUGAGGCGACAAAUAUUUAUAACAUAUUUUUGAAGAACAUGCAAGUGGUGGACAAGGAUCAAUUGCCCGACAUAGAUUAUAGCAAAUUAAACCAAUUGAGCAUAGUGGAUAACAAUUUGACGGUAGAGUUUAUUACCAAGGAAGAGUACAGGCGUAUGAAGGAUCGUUUGAAUGAGUUGGAGCGUGAAUUAAAUCGUGAACUGGUCAAAAAUGGUCAUCUAGAGGAGCUGUUAAAAGUGUCCAACGAUCAAAUCCGAUCGCAACAGUCCCUUAUUUCAAAGUAUUCAGAGGAAGAAGUAAGCCUUCGCCAUCUGGUUGUUGAUCUGCAAAGUGAAUCAAAUGAAAAGUAUUUAUUAGCUCGCGCAAACAAAGAACUAGAGCUCGUACGUGAGCAGGAAGAAAAUUUAAAACUGGAGAAUAACAAAAUGAAGCAAAAACUGUUGCAAAAAAUGGAAGAACAUGAUAACCUUAAGCAACGAUACGAGCAACAAGAACAAGAAAUUGGUACCCAACAGAAAGACAACAAGCUCAAGAUAAGGUAUUUGAAAAAAAGCUUGCAGCGCCUGACGACGAGUAACCACACCUAUCUACCGACGUUUGCAAUUCCGGAGUUCAUUAAGAUGUACACACAAGUAAUGGAAUUGCGUGAAAGUUUAGCAGAGCAGCAACGGAAACAACAGAAUCAAAUUCGGGAUGAAGAAUACGAGCGAAUAUUUGCGAAAUUAAAGGAAAAUAUAGAAGGGAAUCAUAUACAGGACAAAAUCAAUUUAAUUAAGUUCGAAAGUCAAAGUGAGUAUUUGACUAGACAGUUGAUACUAUGCCAGGAACAGGCCGAUCAGUUGCAGCGGGAAAAUAAACAGCUACGGUUGAAUGAAAUAGACAGCACGAGACACUGGGACACGCUCGAGCUGUUGUUUGGCGAAGAAGCAGCAGCCCAACGAUUGCGCAAGGAUCAGGAUAAAUACUUUGAUAAAGCGGUGCAAGUAGCUGUUGAAACAUCCUCCAAGUGUAUUAACACGAUUCCGAUAAUAGAUGAUACAUUUGGAGAAGCACCGCCAAGAAGAAGUUCAUCCGGUGAUACGAUAAACGAUUACGACGAUAGAAGUGAACGAAAUCAAACCAUAGCGGUAGACGAUGAACAGUCGGCCAAGCCUGUUCAAACCGUAGCCCAAAAAUCUCUCGAGUCUCAGCUUAAACAGGCAAUGAUGUUAGCUUCCACCAGAAGUGCGCUUCUGUUGGAAGCCGAAAGUCGACUCUCCGAGUGUCAGGGAAGAAUAAGGCUGCUGGAGAAAUCGCUGGAGGAGAAAGAUGGUUUGCUUAGGCAACAAACACAAUCACCAAGCGUUGCAAAGCAAGAUCACGUGGAAGACAGUAUUCUUAGUUCUACUAUAGGUUCGCUGCAGAAUCUGCUACUUGAAAAGGAUACAACAUUAUCGAGGUACCAAGAGUUGCUCAAAUCGGAACGUAACGAGCAUUCGCAGGUGUACGAUGGAAAUAUGGCCCAAAUAAGAACCCUCAAGCAAACGAUCGACGACCUGGAGCAGAAACUUUACGAUAAACAGAAGGAGUGUGACAAUAUCUCAACCCAGCUCAGUGACAUAAAUCGCCUUAAAGCGCUACAGGAAAGCGUUCCGGAAAAGGCCAGACCGAUAGAAGAGGAUGUAACCGUGCCGGAAGCUGGUGCAAUGGUUUACACGGACAAACUAAUUGAAAACAUUUAUGAAAUUGACGAAAAGAAAGAGCGCGAAAUUCAAGAUCUUCAUGUACAGGUGAAAAUGCUGGAAUGUAACGUGCAGGAGCUGGAAAAUGAAAACAAGCGACUGCAGUUACAGCUGCGAGAAGCGAAUGGUCGGGAGAAAAGGAGCGAAAAAUUGCUGCGAGAAAAGGACAUUGAGUUGGCAUCGCUGAACGAUCGGUUAACUAAGGAAGCAAAAGAUUUACGCGAAUUUACUGAAACGAUCGCAAGCGCACAGGAGAUUGAACAGCUAAAGGAAAUGCUUGAAGAGAAGGAUCGGCACAUACAGGAUCUCACGGAAACGCUGUCACAAUUUCAUGAAGAUCAACGCAGCUUUAUGAAUGAUACUUCGCUACAUUCUGCAGAACAGGUGUCCCAGUUGAGUGCGGAUUUGAAUCGCAGUGAGGCUAGCAAUCGGGUGCUGAAGACACAAAUCGAAGCACUGAAAAGGCAGAUCGUUAGCAUACAGCAGCGGGAGAAACAAUCGCGUGAUCUGGUAAAAACGCUGAAAAAUCAACUAAUAAAGCGGCCCGUCAUUGCGAUGAAACCGGAUCGUAUGUCAACUCCGCGGGAAGAUCAACUAGCGCGCCGUGUACAGCUGCUGGAAACCGAACUACUAGAUACGAAAGAUGAGCUACGGAAACAGACAGUGAUAAACGAAAAUCGGCGAGCAAAAACGGCAGCCGAGUUGGAUCUGUGGAACAAACAGAAACGUUGGCAGCAAAUGGCGGAACGGUUAAAGGUGCAGCUGAAGGAGCGGGAAGUGGAGUUGGAAAAGUUAAAAGUUCACUUCAACACUGCCAAAACGACGAUCGCUCGAAUGGAUCGUGAUCGCACGCGGUUAAGUAGUGGCGGUACGGGCGCGAACACUGCUGCUAGUGCAACACUGCUGGACAAUAAGUAUCAACCUUCGGGAUCACCUGACCAGUACUGCAGCACGGAUAGUACGAUUUCGGAGGAUACCAGCACCACGACCACGACACAAAUGUUCACACAAAACAGUAAAGAGAUCAUCGAUGCGCUCAAGAGCCGGAUCGAAUCGCAACAGCGAAGAAUUAUUGCUAUGGAGCUGGAUAGAAAGGGUUCCAAUACGGUUGCGCAUGAGCUGGAAAAGAUGCAAGAGAAGCUAUGCAACAUGGAAGCGCAGAAUGUGCGUCUGGAAGCUAAGACAUUACAGCUUCAGCUCGACAACGACAUGCUGCGACAAAGUGAUGAAUCUGAACGAUUGAAGCGACAGAUCAAACAUCUAGAAGAGUACGUUAUCGCACUAAAGGAAGAGAUCGCUAAAGCAACGGCCGGUUGUCCCGAGUCUAUCAACUUCGAGAAUCUUUGCGUACGAUGUAGUCGACGGAGCGGUCAGAAUGAUCUAGUCGAGCGUAACGCUAAUCUAGAGCAAACCGUACUCACCCUGAAGCGCAUGAUCGAAAAGCUCCGAGUCGAAAACAAACAUCUUAAAGAACACCGCAAUAGGGAACGUGCGGCUAAUGCGGAAUCGCAUAGCAACCCACCGAAUGAAACGAUUGCCAAGGAGCUGUAUGAUCGACUGAAGAGGGAGCACGAAAAACUACAGCAAAAUCUCACGGAGGCUCUCAACAAGGUGUCUGUGCAACAGGUGGAAAUAGAACUUCUGUCGAGCGUUACGUGCACCCGUUGUAAGGUACGAUGCAGUGGAGAAUCGACGGCGGUCGGGACGAAUCGUGACGAGGCGGCUGCGGAUGAAGCGCUAAAAGAUAAGCUGGAGAAGAAAAGUCAGCUGCUGGAAAAGGCGAAAAUUCUUCUCCAACGUGCAGCGGCGAAGGAACGGUAUCUGAAGGAGCAAAUUGAUCUGCUACGGCGUAAAUGUUCCGAUUUGCAGAAUGUACCCGUUAUAGAUGAAAUAAGUGAGUAAGGAAGUAGGAUGUUUCGUUCAAGAUCAAUCGUCUAUUUAUGGUCGUGCUGCGGUUUAGUAAGAGUAGUAAUAAUGUAGGGUAAAACAGAACAAUUUAAAAUCGUGAAAAAAUAUACAUGUCAACAAAACUGA